AUGCUCUCUUCCCCUCCUCUCACGGACUUGCUUAUCACACGUGCCAAGUUCGUGAAACAAGCUGCCACUAUGUCAGAUAUCAUCAUCUCCACUUUAUCAAACAGCCCAUCAUCAUCAUCAUCAUUUUCGCCCUCCCUCAUGAUCAUUAAUGUCCGUGUUAUCCUGUACAUUGAGUUGGCAGCUAUGACCUUCGCGGGCCAGUUGAGUGGGUCCCGCGCUAGGAAUCUGUUCGCAGGCUCCUCCACGAAAUGCCUGACCGUCUUCUCUGCACUGCUGGAGAGCCUUUCAAGAGCUCCCGACCUCCUCCGCAGAUCCUCGCCUUGCCACUUCCGGUACAGCUCGAGCCUCACCCACGCGCUCUCGGCCGCGUUCCUCACGCCCGCCAGUUUCCCGUUCGGAUCGAGGGCUUUCUCUAUUAUCCUCAGGCCUUGGCCUACGGCAGCCAGUAGCCGACUGGCGGCGGGCCCACUGUCGGCGACAGAAACUGCAAUGCUGGUCAGGGUGACCAGCGGCAGGGCCCAGCAGUUGGGCGGCUCUGGCGAGCUUAGGCUUCGGAUUUUCGCGCCUCCGUCGAACUCCCACACGCCGUCGAACCCGCCGUGGGACUUUCCGAGCAGCACGAUCAGCCUCUCGAACUUUCUCCUCUUUCCCGUCUCGAUCAGCCCGUCCACCGCCCGGCACAUGCCUGCCACAGCAGGUUGUGGCAGCUCUGCUUCGCCCUCCAGCAGAAGAACGUAG